GUGACAGUUGGCCGAUUGGUCAGUCAGUUGACAUUGAUGAUGGUGAAGAGCCAUGCCUACCGUCUCGUAAACAUACAGUUUGACGUCAGGCAAAGACACGUCAGGAGAGAGUGAGCGUGAUAUAUCCUAGACGUGACGUUUCCUCCGGGAUACACGUUGCCGCGAAACCGUGCGAGAAAAAAUGCGGUAAAAUGUUGUCGCUGCCGCUGGUCAACCACGAUUAUCAGCUGAUGACAAACAGGUGAAGAUGGAAGAUGACGCUGACCUCAGGGAACAGUUGUUUCACAAUACCGUGCGGGAAAAUAUAAUAUUUUUGCUUCUUUUUCUGCUAUUAUAUAUCUCGAGUUACGCAUUAAUCGCACGCUUCAGACGCCGAGAUCGCGACGAUUAUCUAUCAGUAGACGAGGAUGAAGCCACCGUGUAUAGGAUCAGCCUCUGGUUAUGCACGGUUGCUCUGGCGGUCUCCGUCGGCGCGACCCUCCUACUUCCGGUGUCUAUCGCCAGCAACGAGGUACUCAUUCUCUAUCCGAACAGCUACUAUGUCAAGUGGCUUAACAGCUCCCUCAUUCAAGGUCUGUGGAACCACGUAUUUUUGUUCUCAAACCUAUCGCUCUUCGUAUUUCUGCCUUUUGCUUAUCUCUUUACGGAAUCGGAGGGUUUUGAAGGCCAUAAGAAGGGUGUGAUGGCGAGAGUAUAUGAGACAAUGACAGUCCUCGGUCUUCUGGGCACUCUUGUACUAGGAAUGACUUAUGUCCUCUCAUCUCUAUUGGAUUAUCAAAACUCGAGUUUACACACGUUGCUCAAUUUAUGGAGUUACUAUUUACCUUUUCUAUACUCCUGCGUCUCAUUCGUAGGCGUAGUAAUGUUAUUGUUAUGUACUCCGGUGGGAUUUGUACGACUGUUUGGCGUAGUAGGGUCAUUUCUAGUUAAACCCCAGUUUCUUAAGAAUCUAAAUGAGGAGUAUUUUGCAUAUAAAUUAGAAGAGGACUGUAUUAACCGAAGAUUGCAGCAUGUGAAAGCAACAGGGAAGUCGUAUGUAUCACCGGUGCCGAUGUCGUCGUCGGCGAGUUGCAGCUUGUCGGCGCAGCAGGAGGAGGAUGAAGACGAGCCGCUACUAAGCGUGAAUCCGGGUCUGCUAUGUCUAAGGAACGGUGCUCUGCAAAAAGGUCUCUCUCAACGGCUAAAUGACAUUCAGCAUCGACGGCAGCUGCUGGAUCAACAGCGGAGAACCUGGUGGGUUCGGCGCACGUUAUUUUAUCCGGUGGCGAUGUUGAUGCUGCUUGUAUUAUCCACUGCCACGGCUUUACUGGCGAUGCAAAAUACAUUGGAAUUGCUGAUAGGAAUCAAAGCGCUGCCGUUGAGCACGAGGCAAUUUACGCUUGGCAUCAGCUCCUUGUCUAAGCUUGGACCCAUCGGUGCGACGAUCGAAGUAGCAGUGAUCCUUUAUUUGGCCGUGACUAGCGCGAUCGGUCUGUACGCUCUACCAGGCGUAAGAAGAGUUCAACCCAAACUUCGUUCUACACCGCUCACCCACCUCAUCGCAAAUUGCGCCUUGUUGCUCGUACUCAGUUCAGCGUUACCGCUGUUAUCUCGAAUACUAGGAAUGACAAACUUCGAUUUGCUGGGUGACUUCGGACGCAUUGAGUGGCUUGGUAAUUUCAAGCUUGUACUCCUCUAUAAUCUGAUCUUCGCCACGGCAGCAAUCGGCUGUUUGGCCACCAAGUUCACCGCGACUGUGCGUAAAGAGAUCUACACUCGUCUGAGGAGCAGUUUGCUGGGUAUUUUCAGGACUACGAGCAUUAUCGCCGACUCGAAGAAAAACUCACCGCCGUCAGGGAUGUUUUCUACAAAGGAAGAUUAGACUGAUUUAUUAUAUUAUUAUAUAAUUAAUAAGCAGAAAGUACAUCGGGAUCUUACGAAAGUUGCUCCUGGCUUCUAAAUUCUUGCAUGUGUUGCGUCUUGUAAAUUACAAAAAGCUCUUAGAGCUUUCCAAUCACCGAGAUUUGUUUCUUAAAUUUGGAGAACUUCGAAUAUACUAAUCUUUCGACUUUUGAAUUCUUAGGCUGUUAGAGAUUCUUACGUAGAAUUUUCAUUAUACUGAGAUUUUCUAUUCUAUUCUAUUCUAUUUCGAGAGAGAGAUUCUGAAACUUUUCGUUUCUUUUAAUAUUCUUAAAAAUUUUUAAUACUGUUUAUAAAUAAUGUCUGAUACAUGUGCGAGAAUCUGAGACCUUUUUGGACGAAUAUCCGUGAUUUCAAUACAAUUUCUUUUCUCUUUUUAAUCUUCAAAUAGUCUCGCAUGUGCUCUUGUCCUCGCAUUAUCCCCAAAAAUCGCUUGGCACCAAAGAGCCAAUGUAACUUUUGUGAGAAUCUAAAAAGUUUAUUCGCUUAGAAUCGAUUAUAUAUAAGCGAACGUUAUCAUUCUGCCUAGUGAUCAUUUGUAAUUAAAACGCAUGAGGCCAGUUAAGGACAUAGCCUGAUAAGGAUGAAGAGGCGAUAUGCGUAGCGCUAAAUAUUUAUUUAUUACAUUAAUACUAUUUUUAAGAAUAUAUUUGGGAUCCCUCCCAUGAGACAAGGGAAGAUCCAGCAUCGAGCGUGUCUGCGUUUACAUAUGUGUAAUCGAACGAAUUAAUUUACGAUGGAAAUAAGGAUUGAAGAACACAUAUGAUUCAAGAUAUCCGUGCAUGUGUGUGUGUGUGUGUGUAUGUAUUUGUGUAUGCACAGAAUGUUGAAAGAAAUUUAUAUACUGCAAGAAUCUUCUCUUCACAGGAAGAAUCUUGAUCAAUGAAUGUUUAUUUGCCUUUAAACGUCCUCAUUUUAUAAACAUUGGUAUCAUCGUAAAUAGAAGAAAAUAAAUUUUCUA